AUGAAUGGAAUCCGAGAAAAAAAAGGAUUUUCCAUUGGAAGGAUAAAUCGUUUUUCUGCCAAUAAUGGAGAAGAUUCAUAUCUUCGCACCUUGCUUAAUUUUCAAAGAGGUUGCACCAGUUAUGAAGAUCUUAGAACGAUCAAUGGCGUGGUUUUUCCUACAUUUAAGGAUGCGUGCUAUUCUUUAGGACUUCUGGAUGAUGACAACGAGUACAUUGAUGCAAUUAAACCUGAAAAAGUUUGGGAAGAGUGUUGGAAAUUUUUAUCCGACGACGUUGUUUAUCGGCAUAGGAAAAGAAUAGGACGUCAAGAUGCAAUUCUUACAGAAGAGUCUAUAAAAAACAUAACUCUUGAAGAAAUUGAUAAGGUACUGCAGAGCAAUGGGAAAUGCCUCUCUGAUUAUCCGUCAAUGCCACGCAUCAAUAGAGAAACUUUGCUUGAUAUGCAAAAUCGAUUAGUGUUGGAUGAAUUAAUGUAUGACAGAUUUGCUUUGGAAGAGGAGCAUAAAAGACUAAUUAAUUCCCUCACUGAUGAGCAGAAAGCUGUUUAUGAUAAAAUUGUUUCAGCAGUUACGGCAGGUAAUGGAGGGUUAUUUUUCCUAUACGGGUUCGGUGGUACAGGAAAAAUAUUUAUUUGGAAUACUCUUUCAGCAUCUAUUAGAUCAAAAGCUGGAAUCGUACUUAAUGUUGCUUCUAGCGGAAUUGCUUCCCUUCUGCUUCCUGGAGGACGAACAACGCAUUCUAGAUUUCGUAUUCCUAUUCAAAUCAAUGAAGAUUCAACGUGUAAUAUAAGGCCGAAAUCUACUAUAGCUGAGUUGCUGUCAAAAACAAAGUUAAUCAUUUGGGAUGAAGCUCCAAUGGUACAUAGACUUUGCUUUGAGGCUCUGGAUAGGACACUGAGAGAUGUUCUUAGAAUUUCUGAUACAAGCUGUGUUGAUAUGCUAUUUGGUGGAAAAGUUGUUGUUCUAGGAGGUGACUUUCGGCAAAUAUUACCUGUCAUUCCUCAUGGCAGCAGACAAGAUAUAGUUCAUGAAACCAUCAAUUCUUCUCAUCUAUGGUCCCAUUGUCAUUUAUUAACUUUGACCAAGAACAUGCGUGGGACUUCCUCUGUUGAGGAUGAUGAAAUCACCCCUGAGAUCUUAAAUACAUUAUCAUGCUCAGGGAUUCCUGAUAAUAAAUUAAUCUUGAAAGUUAAAGUUCCAGUAAUGCUAUUAAGAAAUAUUGAUCAGUCGAGAGGUUUAUGCAAUGGCACGAGAUUGCUUAUUACAAAAUUAGGGAAUCAUGUUGUUGAGGCAAUUGUACUUACAGGAAGCAAUAUAGGGGAAACUGUGUUAAUCCCUAGAAUGACGAUGAGCCCAUCGAGUCAUACAUUUCCUGUAAAUUUCCAAAGAAGACAAUUCCCCCUGAUUGUAUCGUUUGCCAUGACUAUCAACAAGAGUCAAGGACAAUCACUUUCACAUGUUGCAAUUUAUCUCCCUAAGCCUGUCUUCACUCAUGGGCAAUUAUAUGUGGCACUGUCUAGAGCAAAGAGUAUGCAUGGAUUGAAGAUAUUGAUACUUGAUGAAAAUGGCUGCGUUACGAAUAGUACCCUUAAUAUAGUUUACAAGGAAGUAUUUCAAAGACUGCUAUAG